AUGUGGCGGCGCGUGGUGAAAAGCAGGCCGGGUGCGAGCACCUGCAGAGCGAGACGCACGCGCAGCUCACGCUGUGGCUCGAGCGGUACGUCGCCGGCCUGCGAUACGGCCAAAAGCUGCUGGACGGGCACAUCAAGCCCCAAGACGGCUCGGACGAUGCGCCGACGCGCCGCGCCAAGCGGUGCAAGCUCGCCUACCCGACGUGCGCCGCCUGCGGCAUCGAUUUGCGGCGCCCCUUCCUGUGCCUCUCGUGUGCGCACGCAGCGUGCCUGUUCCGUGAUCCGGUGCGCGAUGCCUCGCUGCCCGUGA